AUGUCAGAUACUGAACAACCGCACAUCGACUCUAAAGAGUUGAAAAAGGAAAAAAAGAGUAAAUCCAAGCUGAAGUCGAAAAUAACUGAUUCCGAUGAAAUAGAAAUCGAUUUAAAUGCUCAAAUCCCUCUUUCUAAAAAGCAACAACGUCAAUUGAAAAAAGGUAAAUUGGAUUUAGAAAAACUAGCUAAAAAGAACCCACCACCAAAACCUGAAACUAGUACAGAUGAUAAUACAAACUCAGAAGAUGCUUCUGGUUUGAGCCUGGUCCCAAUAACAUCAAAGAAAUCGCCAUUUGGUAUUUGGGUUGGGAACUUAUCAUUUGAUACCACAAAGGAAGAUUUGAUUCGGUUUAUUGUUGGUAAAACAACUACUCUGGACCCCAAAAUAACUGAAGAUGAUAUAACUCGAGUUAAUAUUCCCAAAAAGGGUAAUCAAAUCAAAGGAUUUGCUUAUGUUGAUGUACCUUCUUCGUCCCAUGUUGAAACUAUUGUUGGUCUUUCAGAAUCAAUUUUGAAUGGGAGGAAAUUAUUAAUCAAAGAUGCUAAUUCUUUUGAAGGUCGUCCUGAACAAUCUAAAUCUGAUACAGCACAUAAUGGUGGGAUUAAUAGUUCAAACCCACCAAGUCGAAUUUUAUUUGUUGGUAAUUUAUCAUUUGAUACAACUGAAGAUUUAUUGGAAGAACAUUUCAAACAUUGUGGAGAAAUAGUGAAAAUUAGAAUGGCCACUUUCCAAGACACCGGAAAAUGUAAAGGCUUUGCUUUUAUUGAUUUUAAAGAUGAAGAAGGGGCAACAACAGCAUUGAAAUCGAAAUUAACGAAAAUGUUAAUCAAUAGAAAAUUACGAAUGGAAUAUGGAGAAGAUAGAUCGAAAAGAAGGCCAAAAAGAAUCAACGAAUUUGGCGAUCAUCAUAGUAAUAAUAAUGAAAGCUAUAGAGAGAAUAAUAGUACUACCACCGGUAAUGGUAAACCUGAAUUUGAGACUCUGAAUAGAGGAUUUGAUGGUAAUGACACUUAUCGUGAAACACCCAACAAAAAGAGACAAUAUCGUGAAAGAAAUGAUGGGUAUAAUAAGAAUAACAAUUCAAAUAAACGUAUGAAAUCAUCUGUUGCCUUAGCCACGGCACAAAGAGCCAGUGUUGCAAUUGUUCCGUCGGCUGGUAAAAAGAUUAAGUUUGAUUAG